UAUCUUCUCUUCUUAUUCGUAGUCCGUUUGUAGGCAAGAGAUCGAGAUCGGCGAUGGCGCAACAGGAGGAGAGAUCCACAGGAACUGUUCAGUGGUUCAAUGAUUCGAAGGGAUUCGGCUUCAUCAAACCAGACGACGGCGGCGAAGAUCUCUUCGUUCACCAUUCCUCCAUCAAGGCUGACGGUUUCCGCAAACUCUUCGAGGGUGAUUCCGUCGAGUUCCAGAUCUUGCUUGGCCCAGAGGGCAAAACUCAGGCCAUUGAUGUCACCAUCGAGAAGAACGCCGGAGGACGCAGCGGUGGGGGAUGGAGAGGAAACGACAGGCGGAGUAAUGGUACUGGUUACGGCGGUGGAGCCGGGGGCGCAGGAUGUUACAACUGCGGCGAUCCGAAUCACUUGGCUAGAGACUGUAGCCGUGGAAGUAAUAGCGGUGGUGGAGGCGGUAGUUGCUAUAAUUGCGGUGGCAGAGGCCAUUUCGCGAGAGAUUGUAUUGUGGGAAAUAACGAUGGGGGAAAGAGUUGUUAUAACUGUGGGGAGUACGGGCACAUGGCGAGGGAUUGCAGUAAUAUUGGGGGAGGCGAUGGUAAUACUAGUGGUGGGUGUUACAACUGUGGGGAGCAUGGACACUUGGCAAGGGAAUGUAGGAACACUGGAGGUAGUGGUGGGAGAUUCGAGAGGGAGAGGGAGAGGGGAUUUGGUGGCGGAGGUGGUGGAUGCUACAAUUGCGGCAAGCCUGGGCAUUUUGCAAGGGAGUGUACUACAUCGUGAUCUUGAAAAGAAGAGUAAAUAGUACAUAUUUCUCCUUCUUUUCUAUAAUGUUUUGGUUAUCUUGGUUUCUUUUUCAGUUGAAAUAUACAUGGGUUGGCAUGGCAUCUAUAUUUGUUUUGGGUUCAGUCUGGUGAAUCACUGGCUAGGAAUUUUUUUCCAGUUUUGAUAUACAAAGAUGGUGGUUCUGAUAAAGGAAUUUUUUUGGUGAUUUGGAUAAUUUUCUAAUGAUCUGUUUCCUAUUAUAUUUUAGCG